AUGAUGGACCGUUUGCGCAUCGUCCCCGCCUCGCCCUCAUAUUUCACCGGCAAGCCCGACUUCACCGACGACCUGCUCAAACUCGAGAACCUGUCGCGCAAGUACCAAACACUGCCAGUCCUGCCCACUGGAUUUGCACCUCGUGUCGCCUGGAAGACUUUGUCACAGUACAAGAUGAACAGCAACGAGCCUGUCAAAGCCGCUCGUUACACAAAGAUUCUGCAGGUCCUGCAACGAUUGAACUACAUCCACCCCAACCUUAUGCCCACAGAAGUUUCUGUCAUGCUCCGACGCUACAUGCGUGACAUUCAGCCAUUCCACAACCAGCCCAAGCCUGGUGUUGUCGACGAGUACGGCCGCGCUAGAGGCGUUGGCAGGAGAAAGAGCAGUAACGCUGUUGCGUUUUUGGUUGAAGGUGAGGGCGAGGUUCUGAUUAACGGCAAGCCCUUGACUCAGGCCUUUGGUCGUCUACACGACCGCGAGAGCGCUCUCUGGGCCCUCAAGGUCACAGAACGUAUGGACAAGUACAACGUCUGGUGUGUUGCAAGAGGAGGUGGUACCACUGGUCAGGCCGAUGCUAUUGCUCUGGCCGUCUCAAAGGCCUUGAUGGUACACGAGCCGUUGCUCAAGCCCGCUCUUAGGAGAGCCGGUGUCGUCACAAGAGAUCCUCGUCGUGUCGAGAGAAAGAAGCCCGGAAAGCUCAAGGCCCGCAAGAUGCCAGCCUGGGUCAAGCGUUGA